AUGGGAAAAGCAGCAGUGACCCCAGUGGACAGUUGCCCUUCGUGUGAUUCCUCACGCAAUGUCUCAGCAACCCCAGACCACGGUGGCACUGCAUGCAAACUACCUGUCCUUGCUCAUGACGCUGCCAAGGACAAAAUGGAAGUGGACGAGCAAGUUGGCGAGACUUCUGGUGCUGCUGAGGCCCGUCUCUUGCUCGAUCUGACCCUCAUGACACCUGGCUCGGGCCACAGCGAACCCUUGAGCUCCAACGGAGAGGUGGUCAUAAAGGGGUCCUCUCCAUUGGAUGAUGGUGAGCGACAUGAACUGCCCCCUGCCGAUAAGGUUUUCGCGUGCACCUAUUGCAAGAAACGCUUUAAGUCGUCGCAGGCGCUCGGGGGCCACCAGAACGCGCACAGGCACGAACGUCUGAUCACGAAAAGGCAGCAAGAACUUGCUGCCUUGAGUGGGUAUGGGCCGCCUUCGACUCUGACCUAUGGGUACGGCGGUUUCAAUUCGCGCUAUUCAGAUGUCCAUCCGUUCCCGGCUCUCGGACCGCUCAACCAACUGGCCCUGCCUGGCGUGGGGAUGGAUCAGCCCAUGAUCCGCAGGCUCCAAAAAUCAUGGAACCAGCCGGGAUCGCGGGUCAUGCAAAACAGGCCGUCGCUCGGGCAUCCACACAUGAUGGCCUCACCCCUGCCAAGGAUGGAGGGCAUGCCUUAUGCUCCUAAUAACUCUUUUAAUAAUUUCAAUGAUGCAGGAUUUCUGGGCCAAUUUAGGGCUCCUCCUCCUCCAGCAUCUAAUCAUUAUCAACAGGGCGGUGGUGCAAUGAUGCACAGCUUUCAAGGUCCUUCAAGCAUUCUCGGCCCGAAUGUGGGAAUGAGGACGGUUGCUGAUGGGUGGGGCAGCAGCGGCGAGGGCGGUGGCAGCAGCGGUGUCCUACUGGGAAAGAGGGAUGAUCAGCUGAAGACCGUCCAUGGAGAACUAGAUUUGACUCUCAAGCUAUAA